AAACUAGUUCCGGAUCAGGAACUACAAAGCGCAGUCAUCCUUCCUCUUGUCACACCCACAGGAUACGAAUUGAGAAAGCCGAACCGAAAUCCCGCGAGGACCCUCUCGGGUUGCCUCAAGGAAGGUGGAACAUUUCUCUUUCGGAGGCGGGCUCCUCGGGGGACAGGACCGGAAGUGACGCGAGUGAGUUCCGGUUGGCCGGAGCCCAGCGGCGGGUGUGAGAGUCGGUGCUGGGAGCCGCUUCCAGGAUCCUGAGAUCCGGAGAAGCCGGGGUCUGAGCGGCUCCUCCAGAGUUACUGAUCUAUGAAAUGGCAGAGAAUGGAAAAAAUUGUGACCAGAGACGUGUAGCAAUGAGUAAGGAGCAACAUAAUGGGAGUUUCCCAGACCCCUCUUCAGUACAUGAAAAGAAGAGAAGGGAUCGGGAGGAAAGACAGAACAUUGUCCUGUGGAGACAGCCACUCACUACCUUGCAGUAUUUUUCUCUGGAAACUCUUAUAGUUUUGAAGGAAUGGACCUCAAAGUUAUGGCAUCGUCAAAGCAUUGUGUUGACUUUUUUACUGCUGCUUGCUAUGCUUAUAGCUACGUAUUAUGUGGAAGGAGCCCAUCAACAGUAUGUGCAGCGGAUAGAGAAGCAGUUUCUGUUGUAUGCCUACUGGAUAGGCUUGGGAAUUCUGUCCUCGGUUGGGCUUGGAACAGGAUUGCACACCUUUCUGCUUUAUCUGGGCCCACAUAUCGCUUCAGUUACAUUAGCUGCUUAUGAAUGCAAUUCAGUUAAUUUCCCUGAGCCACCGUACCCUGAGCAGAUUAUCUGUCCAGAUGAAGAAGGCACUGAAGGAACUGUUUCUUUGUGGAGUAUCAUCUCAAAAGUUAGAGUUGAAGCCUGCAUGUGGGGUAUUGGUACAGCCAUUGGAGAGCUGCCUCCGUAUUUCAUGGCCAGGGCAGCUCGUCUUUCAGGAACUGAACCAGAUGAUGAAGAGUACCAGGAAUUUGAAGAGAUGCUGGAACAUGCAGAGGGUGCGCAGGACUUUGCAUCACGGGCAAAACUGGCAGUUCAAAACCUAGUACAGAAAGUUGGAUUUUUUGGAAUUUUGGCCUGUGCUUCUAUUCCAAAUCCCCUGUUUGACCUGGCUGGAAUAACAUGCGGACACUUCCUUGUACCGUUCUGGACCUUCUUUGGUGCAACCUUGAUUGGAAAAGCAAUCAUUAAAAUGCAUAUCCAGAAAAUCUUUGUUAUAAUAACUUUCAGCAAGCACAUUGUGGAGCAGAUGGUGGCUUUCAUUGGUGCUGUCCCCGGCAUAGGUCCAUCUCUGCAGAAACCUUUUCAGGAGUACCUGGAGGCGCAGCGGCAGAAGCUCCACCACCGAAGUGAAGUGGGCAGCCCACAGGGAGAAAACUGGUUGUCCUGGAUGUUUGAGAAGCUGGUCGUGGUCAUGGUGUGUUACUUUAUCCUGUCUAUCAUUAACUCCAUGGCACAAAGUUACGCCAAACGAGUCCAGCAGCGCUUGAACUCAGAGGAGAAAACUAAAUAAGCAGAGAAAGUUUUUAUCUCCAUAAGUUAGCAUGGAGGGGUCCUGCUUCACAUUGGGAGAGCUUUAACCGGGAAGGAAGAUCCCCUUUUCCAGCUUGUAUUGAUUUUUAAAACAUUAUUCCCGAAGCAGUUUAGUCCGUAUUUUACACUGACAUACUUUUCCUUAUGUGUUAAGGUAAGGUCUCCACCCUCCGUCCAAUCCACAUUGUAUUUCCUUAGGGUGGAUGCGAUGCUAUGCUGCAGACUCAACAAGAAUUGCCCUUCUGUUACUUUCAAAGGGCCCACAUGGUACAAUUGGAGAACUCCUGCCACGCUAAACGUUCUAAAGUAUGUUAAAUAUGACAGGCUUUUUAGGCUUGUCACAAAUGAUUGUUUUUUUUUUCUAAGUCAUCAAAUGUAUAUAAGUUAUAUAUAUUGGAUAGCAGUUUUGCAUGUCUAUCAUGGAACAAUUUAAUAUGCCUUCCUUUCCCACCCUCAAAAAAGGCCAUUUUAUGAUGCAUUGCACACCCUCUGGGGAAAUUGAUCUUUAAAUUUUGAGACAGGUAUAAGGAAAAUCUGGUUGGUGUCUCACAAAUGAGUACACUAUUUUUUAUUCUGUAUAUUUAGAAUGAAGUCGUGAAAAACUUUAUAAAGACAUCUUUGAUCAUUCCGAAAUUGUGUCCGUUUUCUUUAGUGCUAUGGUUUUUUGUUUCUUUUUCACUUCUACCAAGUGAGUUGCAGCCUUGCCAAAUAUACUUAAAACUAGAAUUGCCCAAGCUUUAAUUGAUUGCCUCAAAGAGCCACCACCAAGAUACCUUGUUAUGCUGGACCCAGAGAGUGAGGUUCACCUAGCAUGGGAAUCUCUUACUUUAUAUUAAAAAAAGAAGUAGUGAUGUAUAAAUCAAAGGACACUAGCAAGAACCACUUUUUCAUGUUCGUGUUUGUUUUAGCUGUUUGUAUCUAACAUUAACAGGUGGAAGUUUACUUCUGUGUGUUUCUGUGUUUUAUUCUUAAUGUGAUUUUCCUUUGACAUUUUUCUGAUUGACCCUAUUCAUUUUGUUUUGCUUGGUAGGAGAAUAAACCACUUUCUUUCCUAGAACUGGCGUUAAGCCUCGGCAGGCCAGAGAUACUUGCUUUGCUUUAAGUCCUGCCUGGGCACCUCUUGCUUGCCAACCGUCGUGACAUCUGCAUGGCUGUACCACCUUGUCGGGUAGCUUAUCAGAUUGAUGUUGACUGUUGAAUCUCAUGGCAACAGCAGUCGAUGGGCUGUCUGACAUUUUGGUAUCUUUCAUCUGAUCAUCCACAUCAAAUGUUUUCAUUCAAACAUAACCCAGCAUCAUGAUUUACAGUCAAUAAUAUGGUCCCUACAUCUAAUGACACUUGAAGUCUUUAUGCCAAGAUACUGCAGCAGUAUCGAGAGAAGACUAACUAGGAAAUUGGGGUAGUAACAAUCAAAACUAAAUAAACAAAAUGAAAAGUGA